UCAUGGGUUUCCGGUGACGUAACAUUCGGCACUUGUCCCAGCAAGUGUCUCUGUCGGAAUGACGUGGAUGGAAAAUUAGUGGUUGAUUGCACGGAUGCUCUAUAUGAAGAAGUGCCUGUUACCAACAUACCAUGUGGCGCCAAAAAGUUGCUGUUUAUAAAUAAUAAUCUCAAAAAACUGAGCAGGAUGAGUUUCAUUGGUCUGCGGGAGCUGGAAGAAAUUGACAUGUCUGGAAACUUCAUAUCUUAUAUCGAGCCGGAAUCGUUCGCAGGUCUCCCUUCGCUGCGACGAAUCAGCCUCGUGCGGAACGACAUGCGGACAAUUGAGUCGUGGUACUUCCGAGAUGUUUCGUUCGAGCACGUUAUGGUGGCGGUAGAUGGAAAUCCUAUGUAUUGCGACGAAGACUUAAAAGAAAACAUCAAUCUCAUUAAGAGCCGCGUGACAGUCGGCGGAAUAAUCUGCUCGGGAGGUGAAAUUUGGCGAGUUCUCGGAAAAGUCAGAGGUCGAACAUACGAAGACGUCGAAACCCAAAUCCGGAAGAACUUUGAGUCCUGGGAAAUGGCGCUUUUGACCUUGUCGUCAUUCAUCUUUUUCGUCAUAGUUCUCUCAACUAUUUGCGGGAUUUGCAAGUACAGAUCUGGAAACUAUACGACCGGUGAAUAUCUGCGACGGGCAAACCGACGACAUUCCAAUGUUCGGAGCUACGCGGGCUCGGAAGCUAGUGACCACAAAAAUCACCAUCGUCGUCACCAUCACAAAUCAGGGGCAGGUUCCAAAUCGGGACCUCACUCGGCAAAAGAAAGUCGAAAAAUUGAAAUGAAAUCUGAGGACCACUUCGAGGACGAUGAUAGUCUAGUUCUCGGGGGCCAAACACAACCCGCAUAUAGCGAUAGUGGAAGCGAACGGGUUCUCAGUCCCCCUGAAAGAAGAUAUUAACCAAAAACUAACAAACUUGGAGCAUAAUUUAGUGAGAACAUCAAAUUUUGAGAAGACUAUCGUGGUUUUAUUUCUGUGAAUCUUUCGUUUCCUUGUGGCUUUAAAAUAUGCAACUUCUUAUGCUUUACUUUAUUUCAAAGAAAAUUCUAACUUGGGUAAUUCCAA